CGGACAUUUUUUUGAACGACUGUCGCGUUGAGCGUUCCAGAUAUGCAUGAGCUUUUGGAUUAAUAACAUACAUUGAUAAUUUUUAUUUAUUUGAAACUUUUCUAAAAUGAGUGACCAUAUGAGAAAGAUGCUAGAUGAAUUAAUGGGAACACAAAGAGACGAUUCAUUGUGUUGAUCUGAACCAUGAUCACACAUACUAAAGUCAAAUUGUUGUUGAUUUAUUCAUAUACUUUUCAGUGGGAAAUGUAUUCAAGAUGGAAAUUCUAUGAGGUUUGAUAGCCCUUCAGUUUGCAAGAGUUUUCUUAUGGGAUUAUGUCCUUAUGAUUUGUUUCAUAAUACAGGAACGUUUAAAUCAAGUAAGAAACUUGAUUUGGGCACAUGUAGUAAAGUGCACGAUCCAGCCCUAAAAGCAGAUUAUGAGUUAGCUGCGAAGAAUAAAGAUUAUGGCUAUGAAGUUGAGCAAUUGGAACAAGUUCGACAAUUCAUUUCUGAUUGUGAUAGAAAAGUUGCUGUGAAUAAACGGCGACUAGAAGAAACUCAAGAUUCAGAAUCACUUGGUCCAGAAGCGCUUGCAGUCCAUGAACUAAAUGAACAAAUUGGAGUUAAACUAGCAGAAGCAGAACAACUAGGUGCUGAUGGUAAAGUUGAAGAAUCAAUGGAAAUGCUCAAACUAGUUGAAGAGUUAAAACAAAAUAAAAGAAAAGCUGAAGAUAUUUACAGAAAUACUGUACCAGCUACAACUAAUCAACAGCAAAAGUUACGUGUCUGUGAAAUAUGUGCUGCAUUUCUGAGUUUAUAUGAUAAUGAUAGACGUCUUGCGGAUCAUUUUGGUGGGCGACUUCAUAUGGGGUUUAUUAGAGUUAGAGAGAGACUAACUGAACUUGAGGAGAUAGUACAAAAAAAGCGUGAAUCUCGUGAGUUAGAAAGACAAAAGCGUCGAGGCGAAAGAGAUAUAGAACGAGAUGGAAGAUCAGAUAGGGAUAUGAGAUCAGAACGAAGCGGAAGAUCAGAUAGAGAUAUAAGAUCUGAAAGAGAUGGAAGAUCAGAUAGGGAUAUGAGAUCUGAACGAGAUGGAAGAUCAGAUAAAAAUUCAAGGUCAGACCGUGAACGUGAGACAGAAAAACCUCGCGAUAGGAAAAGUGAUAGACGUAGUAAAGAUCAUGAUAGGUAUAGGCGAAGUAGAAGUCGAGAUCGAGAUCGUCGUAGAAAGAGGAGUCAUAGUCAAGAACGACGCAGAAGUCGGAGUAGAGAUCGUCGAAGAAGUCGAAGUCGUGAACAUCACAGCAGUAGUAAAAGUCGUAGAAGUCGUAGUAGGGACAAUAAAAGAGAUUCAAGUCGAGAUCUUCGAAAUGAUAAAAAUAAUACAAAUGGGGACGAUGGAUCUUUUAGCAUUUAUACUAGAGAGGCAAAAAUUUCUGCCAAUGAUACCGUAGAAGAAGGUGAAGUGUUAGAAGGCACCGAAGGCGGAUUUCAUACAGAACAUCAAGUUAAAAAAGAUAUAACGUAUGGAAAGGUACACAAAAACAUGACUGAAUUUGAUGAACAAUCUAGCUCUGAUUCAGAUAGUCGCACUAACAUCUCCGACUCUCCACAGUAAGGUGCAACGCUAGCAAAUGUGUAACAUCGACUUACAAAGAAGUUAGGUUAUAAAAAUCUAAAUUACUGUUUUUGAAAAUACAUAUCAGCGCGAAACAUGCUUACCUGUUUCAAAUUUUAAAAAGUAGCUGCUGUACAAAUAAACCUACUAUAUGAAGAAUUUUACUUCGCGUAUAUUAUUCGAUUACGUUACACUUUUUCUUUUAAAAAUAUAAUACCGUAGUUAAAGCAAAUAAAAUUUAUUCGGUCUGUUUCUAUACUUAAUUAGACUAUAAGUUAGAUAUUUUAAUAUGUAUGUAGUAUUGACGGAAGCUUGUAACAUAACGAAUGCGUUGAUAUGAA